CACCAAUUCUCUGAUUGAGUCUCGACGCCUUACGUUCUCCUCCCUCUGCUUUCUUUUCACCAUGCCUGCUCUGCCCCGAUCAAAUCGAAGGCGAGGCGUCAUACCAGUCAAGAAAGUACACCCAGAUGACAUUUGGCGUCGUGCGAUGCGAAUGAUGGGCCUUGAGCCAAUUACAACAACAAACAACAAGCAAAGCUCUACCCCAGUACCAGCAUCCAAGGCUCCAGCGCCAGCUCCACCUGCGAUAGCUCCAUCAACCAAGCCGACUCAGACCUCCCCCACCGAACCCACCAUGAAGAAACUCACGAUACUGGAUCUGCCACCCGAGACGCAGAAGGAGAUCAUCCAACAUGUAAGUCAAUUCGUCCGAUUUGGAAGCUUCGACCUCGAGGCUGAACCUUGGGAGUGGGGCAAAUAUUGGGAGCUUGAGAACUGACACUUUAUCUGCCAGGCUGAUACCACCGAUCUCAUUGCGCUGUCUCUGGUUUCCAAACACUUCCGAGAUCUUGCUGCGGAGGAGCUUUAUCGGAGCUUCAACAUCGUGUUCCCGGAUGAGGACGAUACCACCACUGAUUCCUCCUUCGAUGUGCUGGCUUCGGGCCUGGAGACCUUUGUCUCGAGCGAAUAUGAUUAUGCGCAAUACUUGAGAGAGAUCAUUCUUGAGCCCUUGUCGGGAGGAGAAAAGGGCGAGCGUGCAUACCGAUUUUAUAUGAACGAGUCGAGUUCGGGAAGAUUUAUGAAUACCCUUUUCCUCAUGAUGCUGCGCAAAGCCCGGUCUUUGGAAACCUUCUCGUGAGUAUGCCGUAAUGAAGAGUGUAUUAUUUCAAGCUCUGACAUGAUAUACAGAUGGGAUAUUCGAAUUGAAUUAACUCGGCCGGUUUUCAAGGCACUGCAUCAAAUUCGCUCCCUGCAGCAUCUCCGUAUUCGUAUGCAACCUGGUCACUCUACAUAUCAAGGUCCCCCAGCGAUAUCAGCCUCAAGCGUUGGGCAGAUUACCAGCAAUCCUGCUCCAGUACACCUUCCACCACCUCCUCCCUUGGGUCCACCCGGGUUUGGUCCCCCUUCACAUAGCCACCCCGGCGCAUCAAGCAUUCAUUAUCCAUCUAGUAGCUCCAACUCUUUUGCGCUGGGGAACAAGCAUGCAUCAAAGUCGCACAGCAAAACCACGAAAGCCUUGCUACCCGCUUUGAAGAAAUCACCACCAACAUUGUCCGGCUUCAAAAAUUUGAAAUCUUUGGAGAUUUUGGACAUGGAUACGCUCGAUUAUGUUGGUGAACUCCGAGCAUGCAUCCGUAACUCUUCAUCAACCCUUGAGACCCUGGCGUUAUCAUUUUCCGAGACGUUGGCCAAAAAAUCACGAAGACCACCUGUACAAGAAGUUCAUUCUGAUGACGACUCAGAGGCAGAAGAUGAAUUCGGACAGAUCAUCCCUCUAGGACCAGCGAAUCCAGCAAUGCAGUCAAGUUCUGCCGAUGGCCAGUCUAAGAUUACGAAGGCGCAGGAAGAGAAAAAAAAGCAAGAGGAUGUGCUGCAAAAGAUCUUUGGGAUUGCCACCGCCAAGCGGUCAAAGCCAGUUCCCACGAUAGUCAAGGCAGAGUCCUCUAAGGCAGAACCCAAGAUUAUCAAGGACCCACAAGAAAAGUUCAUCGAAAACCUCGCACCUAUUGCAAAGAAGCUGAUGACUCACGUUGAGGCUGGCAGCGAUAUGAAGUCUGAAUCAAAGGCUGUUCUUAAAAUGAUUGAGCAAGCAGCACAGGUAUACAUGGAAAAUAUGGGUAAGACAGCUCAACCAGUUAGUGAUGGCAGUAGCCCAAAGCCAACACCUGCUACUUCUACAGCAAGCAUCGAUGGCGAACAUGCGCUUAUGAGCGGAGGAACUUCUGCAGAUGGCCCCGGUCUGUUUGAUGAGCCAGCUAAGGAGCAAAAAACAAUCAACGCUGAUCCAGGAGUUUCAAAUCCCGAUGACAUUGAUAUCGAAGCGCCCGAAGCAGACGACCUUGCAGCUGAGAUUGGUUCCAUGGCAGGCGAUAAUGAAGAUGGCGAGGAUUCAACUGAGACUUCUGUCGAACCAGCAGAAUUCAGUGAACCAGUAGAAUUGGGUGAUGUGAAAGAAGAAAAGCCCCUGGAAAUCGAAGCAAAACAAAAUGAACCUACUGACAAUAAAGAAGGUGGCUUGAAGCCUCGGCAAGUUCUCCUUGCGCAAUCUGUAAAUCUGCUUGAGCAGUCUGCCAGUCUCCGUUCCAGUCAUACCAAAAUCAAAGAGGAAGCUACGUUACUGAAGAGUCAGAUGGAGGAGCUAAGAGAGAAGAUGAAGAAUAUUGAGCCUACAAGCGUCGAUUAUCAGAUACUUGCCCAAAGCGAAGCCAGGUUCAGAAAGGUUUCCGACCGUGUAAUGGACUUGACGCGCAGUAUAGAAGAGCUCAGCAUGCAAGUAGAGGAAACCGAGUCCGAGGCACGUUCUGAGAUUGGCUCAAAAUCAUCUGGAAAAAUGAGCGAAUACGUACGCAACACCAGAGGCCUCGGUCUGACCACUCUUGCUAUUUACCUUAUUCCUAUCAAGGCACAAAUACUAUCUCGGGGAGUUGAUCUGAAUGUUUUGCAGAACAUCACCCUUUUGAACGUUGGCCCGCAGGUUUCGUUCUGGAAUCUUCUUGCCAAAGAAAAUGCAAUCUCUCCACUGCCUCUGAACAAGAUCUACACUGACAAUGUCACUUUGCCAUUCUUGGGUUUUAUCCACCAGCUAGACAGGGUGACCGAGUUGUUAUUGCUGGAGAAACAGAAGGGAAGAGUGGAGACCACAGCAGCCAAGACAACGGUCUCCAUUGAACAUAUCCGAAAAGCUCUCCGGAAGCACGUUGGCUCGUUGAAGGUGCUGAUGAUUAGGCAUGACUCCAGCGCAGACUGGGAUUUGAACGUCAAGGCGACGAUGAUGUUGUGCCAGCAGGCAACGGAGUUGGAGGAGUUAUCAGUGACCUUUGGACUUAAAGUAGUGGUGUGUAUGAGAAAUCUCCUAUCCUGGACUGCAUACUAACACUUUGCAGCAUACGCUUCUUCAAUUCAUUUCAGGGCUGACUUCGCUCCGCGCUCUUCACACGAAUUACUUCCGUCAAGAGGAUCAAUGCCAAUGGGUUCGAAACAACUUUGGCAAGUUCCUCAUCGAUACAGUAUCACAGAAUCCCCAAAUGAAGCUUGAGUACCUUGCUCUGGACCAGAAUGUGGAGCGCCUCGUUCGUCGGUCCAAAGAAAAGCCAUUGAAGAAGAUAUUUGAUAAGAAGGGUAAAGGCAAGGCAAAAUCUUCGGAUAACGCGAAAGCCCUGGCGGAAAUGAUACUAGGGCCAAGCGGCACUUGGCCGGAUGGCGGGGCCAUUAACAAUGGUGGUCAAUCUGGUAUCAACAUGCCAGGUAAUGAUGACUGGCAAUUGAGCUCUGAUGAAGAAGAAGACGCCAACGCUGGACCAAUUGUUGGGAAGCUGGGAUUGAGAGUUGAAACAAUUGACGGAGUUCGUUUCUGUGAUGUGCCGGACGUGCGAAUCUUUGAGAAGGAUGUUGUUGGUGGGCGUCUUUGGUGAGGUUAUUUGCUCAUUCGGUUCUGGAAACCGGGGGUUACGGUGUUGUUGUUUUUUUUUUGCGGGGAAAACAUGGGAUUUGCACGGACAGAUGGAUGCUGCAUGGAGUUCUUUUCUUGUUACUAUGAGCGAAGGCGCAAGCGAAGGAAUGGAAUUGAUUGUUGAUACCUGGAGUGCGAGAUUGCAGGGGAUGGACAGAACUAUCUAUGGCAUAGUAGGUAGGUAAAUGGGAGAGUUGGGUUGAUCCAGUGGUAGGGAAGGAUAUGACGAUUCUUUUCUUUUCACUUGGUUUUUUCCCUGCUCUUUCCUAGCGAAUCAAGGCACGUACAAAAAUGGAACGGACGACCUUUAUAAUUACAUAGUCUUUUCCUUGCUGUAGUCGGGAUGAGGAUGAGAAUGAAAUGAUGUUAG